UGCUGACUAACAUUUUCUUGUAGUGCGCGUCUUCAAUUUGUAGUUUUUUUAUUUAUUUUUACGUUUACCACAGUCUGGUGUAGUGUAUAGUACUUAGUUUGGUUUUGUGCUCUUUUGUAUAUUAAGGCAGAAAAGAAGAUUGGUAUUAUCUGAAUUAAAAAGUAGCCGUGUGAAAUUUGAUAUACAUUCUUCAAAUAUGAGUUCCCAAACAAAUAAUUGCAUUGAUAACAAUCUCCCUGGAAUUCAAAGCUUGUGUUCAGAUUAUGUGGUGACUGACCCCGAUGUUUUGCAAUGUAGUACUAAUCCCGAGACUAAUCCUUUGCAAUCCCCUGUUCCUGUUGAUGAAGUAGCUGUAGUACCUGACACUUUUGAUACUGAAUGCAUAACCGAGUGUAUAAGUGAAGAAAAAUCGUUGUCUGAUGAGUUACGUUCUUGGGUAAUUGAAGAAAAUAUUACACAGGCAGCAGUGUCACGUUUGCUAUCGAUUUUAAGAAAGCAAGGUCACAAUUUACCAAAAGACUGUCGAACUUUAAUGAAAACACCAAGAACCAACUAUGAAAAUGAAAUUGUUAAAAACUUUGAAAAUGGACAAUAUUUUCAUUAUGGAUUGGCAAAAGCUUUAUAUUCCACUUUAAGAAGGUAUUUCCCUAUCAAAAUAUACCCAUCUGAAAUUAAAAUAAAUGUUAACAUUGAUGGAUUACCUAUUUCAAAAAGUUCUACGGGCCAACUCUGGCCAAUUCUUGGUAGUUUAGUUGUAGACUUUUAUACCGAGCCUUUUUUAAUUGGGGUAUUCUAUGGAUUACAUAAACCUAGUAAUGUCAAUGAAUUCUUGGCCCCGUUUGUAAAUGAAGCAAUAUCUGUAAUGCAAAAUAAUCUUUGUGUUGAUGGACAGCAAAUAAAGCUGAAAAUUAACAGUCUUGUGUGUGAUGCACCUGCCAAAGCAUUUAUUUGUGGAGUGAAACAUCAUACAGGGUACUUUGGUUGCUCUAAGUGUACUGAGGAAGGAGAUUAUAUAGAAAGAAGAGUGGUGUUUCCCGAAUUAAACAAACCAUUACGUACUGAUGACUCCUUUAAAAAUAGAACCCAAGAGGAGUAUCAUAGGGAGUCAACACUUGUAGAGCGUCUAGGAAUUGGUAUGGUAUCACAAGUACCAUUAGACUAUAUGCACUUAGUGUGUUUAGGUGUCACAAAGCGUCUUAUUAAACUAUGGUUUAAAGGUAAUAUUCAAAUUAAACUUAAACCGGAUAAAAUAAAAAUAAUCGAAUCACGAAUUUCUUCUAUUAAGGAAUUUAUUCCUUGUGAAUUUGCUCGCAAACCGAGAAACAUUUCUGAAAUUGAUUUUUGGAAAGCCACUGAAUUCCGAUUAUUCAUUUUAUAUACAGGAAUUGUUGUUUUAAAAGACGCCCUUCCAGAACGAUACUACAAACACAUGUUGUGUUUAACCACUUCUAUUAGAAUCCUAUGUAGCGUCCAUCACAAGCAUAUGUUAAACUAUUCAGAGAAGUUAUUACAACAUUUUGUAAAAAAGUUUGGCGAAAUUUAUGGUGAAGAAUGGUUAUCAUACAAUGUUCAUAGUUUAAUACAUUUACCAAAUGAUGUUCGCAAUUUGGGAACCUUAGAUUCCUUUUCAAGUUUUAAAUUCGAGUCGUAUCUUUACAAAUUGAAACAAAAAAUUAAACAUUCAGGGAAGCCGUUACAUCAGAUUGCAAAUAGAUUGCAUGAAAUGAAUGAUUUUAAGCAUGAAGGUCCCCUAAAACUAGAUUACCCAUGUGUAUAUAAAGGGAAAGAUUAUAUUACCUUAAAGUUUGAGAAUUUUUCUUGCUCUAAAACAAAAGCUAAUAGUUGCAUAUGUUUACAGAACGGAAAAAUUGCAAUUAUUCAAAAUAUUACUUCAAUUAGUAACAAAAUAACGAUAGAACUUAUCAGUUUCAAUACAAUGCAUUCCUUUUUCGAUGAACCAUGCAAUUCUGAGCACUUACAAAUUUUUCUUGUAGACAAAAACAGUUUCACUCAUCCCUUUAAUGUAAACCCAGAAGAUGUUAAAUACAAAUGCUUGCAGUUACCUUAUCCAGAACCAGAAAGUAAAGAUUAUAUGGUAGUUAUUCCCCUACUGCAUUGCAAUUAAGUUACAGGUUGUCACAAGUUACUUGUCAUAUACCUAGAUAUCAUUAGUUUUCCUGUACGUAGCAUAGCGUAAAGAAAUAUACAGGGUGUUACAUGACUGUAUGUAAAAAAAAAUUGGGUGGUAGAGGGGAUCAAAACAAG